CUCACGUCUACGCCACGUCGUCCCUUCUCCUCUUUUAAUCAACCCAAAAUAAAAAUAAAAUCACUCGUUCACUUUAUUUUUUAUUUUCUCUUCUUUCCCUCUCUUAAGGUUUCUAAAUCAAAGCCAAUAGUACUUCAAAACAAAUGCCUUAAAAUCUUUCCCUCUCUCUCUCUCUCUCUAAUCUUUCAACAUUCCCAUUUUUUUUUUGUGUUGACAGCUGCCCACUUCUUGCAAAAGCUUUUUCGGAUCUUCUUUUUCUAGUAUUUUAGACUGUUUCUUUUCUUCUGUAAAAUCCUGUACAAGGAUCUUUGAUGGUCACUUUCUAUGCUUUCUUUGAUGAAUUCAAGGCAACAAGUUUGGGACUUACCAAAAAAGAAAACAUGGGUACUCACUAAUCAAUCUUCUUUCAUCAUCUUUUCCCUACUCUGCCCCCUCUAUCUCAUUUAAAAACUUUCCAUUCUUUAAAAAAAUAAAGAUCUUCAAAAUUUGGUUCGGAGAUCUUUACCAUUGUUUCUAGUGUAUUUGGUCCCAAAGUACUUCAAAGUCCUGAAAUUGGGUCAUCAAAUUUGAGUCUUUGAGGCCAAAUUCUUGUGAGAAAAAUUAAAUAAAUAAAACUUACAAUGUCAUGGCAACACCGAAACGUGGAUGGAAACGGUAAAAGGGCAUGUAAGAUUAGGAAACGAGGUUGUUCAUCAUCGUCAUCAUCAUCUUUGAUCCAAAAAUACAGAUUCAAGCGUGCAAUUUUGGUGGGAAAAAGGGCAGGAUCAACUACCCCUGUUCCUACAUGGAAAACAGCUACAACAAAGACACCUUCUUUGGCAAUGCCAAGUGCUGAAUUUCCCACUACGGUUUCACCAAAGACUGUUACCAAAACCAAAGAAGCCUCGGUUUCUGCUAGGAAACUUGCUGCCACUUUGUGGGAGAUUAAUGCAAUCCCUUCCCCACAAGCUAAGGAAGAGUUGGACAAGAAAGAUAGGAGGAGAAAAGCGCCUAGAGUUGCAAAAAUGGCUCAUACUUUGCCGCCAAAUUUGUCUGAUCCAUCUUAUAGUCCUAUUUCAGAGAAGAUGGAUCGAGCCAGAACCAAAUCUCAUAGGAGAAGGGCUUCUGUUGUUUCUCAAAAUCUUCAAGUAACUGAUUAUAAGUUGGGGAGCUUGGACUCUGUUGGCAAUGCUAGAGUGAUGGAGAUUGAAACUCAUUCUAGGGGUAAAAAUCAUGCUGGAUGCAUAAUUGGAAUUAGAACUCGUUUAAAGGAUGUCAGUAAUGGCCUAACCACGUCUAAAGAACUCCUAAAAGUUUUGAAUCAUAUUUGUGGUCUUGAUGAGCAACAUUCAUCAGUCAUGUCCCUUGUAUCUGCCCUGCGUGUUGAACUCGAUAGAGUCCACAUCCAAGUUGAUCAAUUGAUGAGAGAGCAACGAUCUAAUCGCAAUGAAAUUGAGUACCUCAUGAGGCAUUUUGCAGAAGAAAAGGCAGCUUGGAAGAGAAAGGAGCGUGAGAGAAUUCGUGAUGCCAUAGCAUGCAUAGCAGAAGAGCUUGCGGUAGAGAAGAAAAUCAGGAGGCAAACUGAGAGAUUGAACAAGAAGCUUGGAAAAGAAUUGGCAGAUACAAAGGCAUCUCUGACAGAGGCAACAAAAGAGGUUGAGAAUGAGAAGGGGGCAAAAGAAUUAUUGGAGCAAGUAUGUGAUGAGUUGGCUAGAGGUAUUGGAGAAGAUAGAGCCACGGUUGAAGAACUGAAAAGAGAGUCAGCUAAAGUGAGGGAAGAAGUGGAGAAGGAAAGAGAAAUGCUUCAGUUUGCUGAUGUAUUACGAGAGGAGAGAGUUCAGAUGAAGCUUUCUGAGGCUAAAUAUCAAUUUGAGGAGAAGAAUGCAGUUGUCGAAAAGUUGAGAAAUGAACUUGAGGCAUAUCUAGCAACCAAAAUGGAUGAAGAAAACAGUGAUGGUUCGCCGAAUCUGCAGAGGAUCAAAGAGCUUGAAGCUUAUUUGAAGAAUAUUGAUUUUGGAUCCUGUGAAGCAUCAGAGAAAUAUUUGGAUAAAUGUGAAGUUGUGAAUGGAGAAGAGUGUGAAGCAGAUGACUCAGAUGAUAGUGAUCUUCACUCCAUUGAAUUAAAUAUGGACAAUAAUGACAGGAGCUAUAAGUGGAGUUAUGCUAGUGGAAAUUAUGUUGAAGGUGAAUCGAAGAGGAUUUCUGUUGAAAAAGAAAAUAGGGGGGGGAAAUCUCUCUCUGAGAAAAUAUCAUGGGGAAGUAUUUGCUUAGAAAGAGGAAGUUCAAAUUCUACAGAUUGGGACUUCGGCCUUGAAAGCCAGGAAAAGUUAGAUGGGUUUGAGAAGGAUCAGACAUACAAUCCUGCUUCACAAGUUCAAGCACAGGAUUGUGAAGAUGAAUUCAAAAGAUACAGAUCAGUGAAGAGUCUUAGAGAUCACAUAUUAUCUAGUAAUAAAAUAGCACCUAUCCAAAGCUUUUCAAGUCCAACCCGGCAGUGGAGCAUGUCCAUGCAUUUUCCAGAGCCCGGCAGCACAGGCUCACCUGUGUUAAAGGGAGAUGGUUUGAAGCCUAAGCUAGUUGGCACAAGAGGUGAAGGCUGAACUUCAACAAGCUAAGAAAGGAGAAACUUGUUUUAUUUUUUAUUUUUUCUUUUGCUUUCCUGACUAAUGCUUUGUUGCAUUUUCUUGAAAUUCAAACAUUCUCACUGGUUAAUUUGUUUCGAUCAAUUGCCAAACUUCAAAAAACGAGACUGUAAAUAGACUGUUAGGCUGUAUGAAUCUGGUAUAAUUUAUGGAUACAAAUUGUGCUAUGACCACACGGUUUGGCAGCAUCUCUGAAUUGCUUUUCUUUAUUUCCCUUAAAUGCCUCUUUAUGUAGAACAAAAAGGUUUGCUACAAUUGAAGCACCACAAUUCAGAAUUGUAAAACAAUUUCUACGUAAAAGAAGCAAUUUUCAAAGGUCUACAAUAGUAGUGAGCUCCUUUAAAAAUAGCAGUCUCUCAUGUCUUUCUCCCCCAGGGUUUUUGAACCAUAAAUCUUGAGCCAUAGCAACCUCUAGACUGAGCUCCUAGUGUCAGUUCCACUGCACCGUUCUUAAAUUCUGACAUAGAAACUGAUUCAUAACGGCUAGCUCCAACCAUUAUUUGGGUUUAUGUACCGUCCAGCAAUCCAUGUGGGUUGAAGUACUCUGCUAAGGCUGAAAUGGAAUUUAAGAGAUUCAGACAUGAAAAGGCUAAGGGUUUCUAUGUCUUCUUUUGAACUUUAACUCUUUGAUCAAUUGGCAGCCUAGUUUUUAACCUUUCUGUUCUGUUUUAUUCUCAAUUUAUUUGUAUUUUUGGUCAAAUUCUGACAACCAAAGUCUAACUGUGAUGACCAACCACUAGUCAAUUAUAUAGUGGUGAAGACUUCAUGUGGCUCUACUUAGGCAAAAUAAGAUGAUGUUUGAGACAGGAUUAAGAUUAACCAUUUUAUAAUACCCCAAGAAAUAAAAUAAUUAAAGAAUAUUGUAUAUUAUUCUCAAUUAUUUCCAACAUGUUACUUGGUAUUAUAUGUAUUAUAUAUACCACCAUACAUAUUGUCACCAUCAGCCAUGUGACUUUAUCCUGUCAAAUUGUGUGGAAAGAAUUUCUUUCAGAAUAUACAUUUGACAAAAUUCCAACAGCUCACAUGACUUGUAUGAUAACUCAACAUUGUCGUUUUUCCUCGUAAAAAACCAUUUUCUCAUCUCUUCAUUCUCCAGGCCCCAAGGGUCAUCCUUUCAAGUCUCAUCUUGAAUUAUUUGACCAAUAACCAGCAUUGGCUGGACACAUUUCCAUCGCUGAACUGGUAUUGAAUCAUGGCUCAAUUCCGAUAAUUGAAGUAUAAAAGUACCACCCAAGCUUUUGGUUCAGUUGGUUGUGUACUGGUCAACAGUUCAUGUUGGCUCUUCUCUUUUGGUCGGGCACUUGAUCUAUUAACCUAAACGUUCAACUCCUAAUGGUUAAUAUUUUUCUUUCUGCACAAGAACACACCAUGACUCGAAUUUAGAAUCUCAAAUCAAACAUCACUGCAUUCUUACUAUUUGAGCCAAGUUUAAGUAACUGUUAAUGCUUAGUCAGUCAAAAAUUAAAAUAGAAUUCAAAUCUUAGCGCUUUGAAUCUCUUUUUCUAUCUUUAAACUACAACCUUCUUUAUAAAAAAAAAAAAUUAAUGAAGUCCAAAAUAAACGUUCAAACCAAGAAAUUUGGCAGUCAAAAGUAUUGAUACUA